AUGCCGCUGGGGAGGGAGGCGGCGACGAAUUACCUCAAGGAGUUGCUGGUUUCGUCGGGAUUGGGGGGAGGGGGUUUAGAAUUCGGCGAAACCUUGUACAUCUUCAGGCGAGGCUUCGCCAGGAUGAUGACCAUCCUCUUCGGAGCGGAGGUCGCUCGUUACUUCAUGGGCCAUGCUGUGGGUAGCCUCGUCCUCGAGAAGUUCUAUCUGCUGUCCCCGGUCGAGAUGGAGGUGCCCCGGGGUCUCUUCGACGGCAACGAGCGGAACGAGCUGGUGUGGACGGCGCUGGCGUGGAAGCGGCGAGGCACGGGCGUGGACACCGCCAAGAUGACUUUGGCCGAAGCGGCGCGGAGAUCGCCCAUCGUGGCGGCGCUGGCCAAAAGAAGGCUUUUGCUCAAAGCGAGUUUGGCAGGAGGGACUGAUGGUUGGAAGCGCAUGCGGCCUUUCUCCGAUAUGAGGCAGAUCAAAAGCCUCAAUCAAGAGCACCUCCCAGCGCUGAUCCGGCGGUAUGACAAUCAGCUGCGCCGCUGGGUCCGAUCGCUGAGGACCAACGUAUACGAGUCGGCGGCGGAUCGCGACCUCGCUGAGCUCGCCGACGAGGCGUACGAGGAGAUGAGCCGGGGGAAGGACGACGGGUCCAGCAAGCUCUUGGAUGCUCUGCACCAGAGGCUGGUGGCGCAAGAGGCGGCGUUCUUGGGGAGUGGGGAGAUCGCUGGCGGCGCGGAAGGCGGGAGGGGUGAUGAGGUGGAGAUGGAGGGUGUCACCGUGGAACUCGCUACGUCCCUGAUCGAUCAGCGAUCAGCGGGAUAG